CGCGUGCGCUGAAUACAUUUUGGUACCUCCCGUACAAUAGAUGGCAGUCAUAUGUUCGUUUUGGUUUCUAGAAACAACAUCGUCUGUCAAAGAACAAUUGUGUGGUUAGAAAAUGAGACUGUUGCUUUUGAUUGCUGGAAUAUUCUGUAAAGUUACUCAAGGAAGUAAUUUGACAGCACGCAUUUAGAAAACCAAGUCUUAUUUUGUACAAAUCUAUUUAAGAUCUAUUCGCAAUUUGACAAUUGCCCACUUCUGCAAAAGCGUCGAGACGGAACAUAGUUUUCCUGGUCGCGAGCUACCGCGAGGAUCUAUUCAAUCAUCACACCCCAGACUGUUGUCUUCAAAUUAAUUCUUGCUAAAUGGGUGCUCAUCGAAGUGAGGGACGGAGGGAUUGGCUUCAACAAGAUGCUGUUGAACAGCCGCCCAUACAAACUAUGAAUCCAUGGAACAUCAUGAUAAAACACAGACAGGUCCAUCGCAGGGGCAGACGCUCACAGAUGACCGUGAGCUACACAGAUCCUGUUAUAUCCAUGGACCUCCUCCGAACGGUUCUGCAGCCCAGCUUCAACGAGGACAUUAUGGGAGUCUUCAGAAAAUACAUGAAGUUCUUUGAGAAAGCAGCCAGCAAUGUCAAGGAGAACGUUGGAGACGACGUGCAGACCGACCAGCUGAUCCGAGAAGCCUGCAGAAACUGCCUAGAAAAUGCCAAACAGAUCUUCUCAGAUGGGGACAAAGCGGCAGUGGCAAGACCAGGGCCUGAGCUUCCAUUCAAGCGGGUGAAACUGGAGGAUGAGUCCAGCCAGAGGGCCAGCCCUGUUCCAAAAAAGCGGAAAGGACGCCCAACCGCUCCUGUCGGUUCUUACGACAAACCUGUUACAUAUAGCAGUGUGCCCAAGCCCAAGACAUUGGAGUCCGUAAAGCGUGAGGGACCAAAGUGGGACCCUUCCAGACUGAAUGAAGGAAGCACAUUUGUUCUUGGGUCCAGGGCAAACAAGGCUUUAGGAAUGGGUGGCACCAGAGGAAGGAUUUACAUCAAACAUGCUGAACUCUUCAAGGGAUCCCAUUACAGAUCUAUGGCAUAUAACUCAGAAACCACUCUUUGGACAUCUGGGCAGUGGUCCUAAUCAAAUGAAAAAAGGCCGCCCAGCAAGCCAAGGUCUACUAUCUCUCUUGCUUGAUGGGUUAUGUAGUUGGACCAUGAUUUGGUAUUGGUCAGAGGAAAGGUGUUAUCUUCUUCAUAAGCACACUACCAUGCAACAGCAGCGGUCUCCUCCGGGAUCCAUAGGAUGGCUGUGCAUUGAACAGAAACUUUUACUGACCUCAACAGUUACGUUAUCCUCCUUGCUGCUUUCAUUGGUCAAUGCAUCAGAAAUGGAUUCAGUGGAACAGAAGCCCUGGCUUAUAGAAUGAGUUUGUUCCACUAAGGUGGACUCAACAUCUACAACAGUCUCUCCCUCAAAGGGAGAGUUUGCCAAGUCUUUCUCAUCCCUUAAGGAGUCAUGGACUUUCUGGAGUCUUGAGUAGUUUUUGAUCACAACUGGUGUAUGAAACUUCAAAUUCAAGAUUAAAUGUAAAAUAACAUCACUCAUCGGGGUUGUCCACAUUAAUGCGUUUCAGAAUGUGCCCCAUUCCCUUGUAAAUCAGGAUAAUCUGGGAUUCAUCAAAGCAUCAUUUGUUGUUAUAUUUGGACAGUCACAAAAUGUUAUAGAGGUUGAGUAAAAACUAUUUAUCUUAAAUUUGUUGGUUGUAGUGAAAACUAAGUUAUCGGGAAAGUAAGAAGGCAGUUCUUGCUUAGUUUUACGAAUAAUAACUGAUGUCCUUGGAUAUGGCAACAGGUUGUUUACUUCAGUUACAGGUAUUUCAAUACAGUUUUAGUAAUAGACAAGUCUUUGUUUGGCGCAAGAUUCAAGUGGCAAGUUUUUUUUGCUCCGACUAUGCACACACACACACACGUCUCUACCACAGCACACAUUGCAUACACCCACUCAUCUAUACUGAAACCACACGGUUUUUAACACUUGCCACAUACGCUGCUGCUACAGCUCAUUCUAUUAUCUAUCCUGUUGCGUAGUCACCCUACUCUACACCCUACAUAGCUACCUCAAUUACCUCGUACCCCUGCACAUCAACUCGGUACUGGUAUUCCCUGUGUAUAGCCAUGUUAUUUUUAUUCACUAUUUAUUCCUCAUGUCACUAUUUUCAAUUGAUCAAUCAAAUGUAUUUUUAAAGCACUUUUUACAUCAGCAGAUGUCACAAAGUGCUGAUACAGAAACCCAGCCUAAAACCUCAAAGUGCAAGCAAUGCAGAUGUAGAAGCAUGGUGGCUAGGAAAAACUCACUAGAAAGGUAGGAACCUAGGAAGAAACCUAGAGGAACCAGGCUCUGAGGGGGUGGUCAGUCCUCUUCUGGCUGUGCCGGGUAGACAUUAUAACAGUACAUGGCCAAGAUGUUCUUAGAUGACCAGCAGGGUCCAAUAAUAAUCACAAUGGCUAUAGCGGGUGCAACAGGGUCGGGAGAUAGCCUAGUGAUUAGAGCGUUGGACUAGUAACCGAAAGGUUGCACGAUCGAAUCCCCGAGCUGACAAGGUACAAAUCUGUCGUUCUGCCCCUGAACAAGGCAGUUAACCCACUGUUCCUAGGCCAUCAUUGAAAAUAGAAAUUUGUUCGAACUUUAAAAAACAGGUAAAUGUAGAAGAAGUAGUAAAUGAAGUAAAUCAGAAGUAAAUGUCAGUUGUCUUUUCAUAGCUGAGCAUUCAGAGGUCAAGACUGCAGGUGCGGGAGUAGGAGGAGAGGCUGGGUCUGGGAUAAGGUAGCAUGUCCAGUGAACAGGUCAGGGUUCCAUAGCCGUAGGCAGAACAGCAGAAACUGGACCAGCAGCACGAGCAGGUGGGACGGGGACAGCUAGGAGUCAUCGGGCCAGAUAGUCCUGAGGCAUGGCCCUAGGGCUCAGGUCUUUCGAGAGGGGAGAAAGUAAGAGAGAUGUGGGAGAAUUUGAGGGAGCAUACUUAAGAUCACACAGGACACCAGAUAAGACAGGAGAAUUACACCAGGUAGGACAGACUGACCAUAGCCCCCAGCACAUAGACUAAACUCAGCAAAAAAAAUAAAUGCCCUCACUGUCAAUUGUGUUUAUUUUCAGCAAACACAGACAUGCGACUAACAGAAAUUGAAUAAUGUGUCCCUGAACAAAGGGUGGGGUUCAAAAGUAACAGUCAGUAUCUGGUGUGGCCACCAGCUGCGUUAAGUACUGCAGUGCAUCUCCUCCUCAUGGACUGUGCCAGAUAUGCCAGUUCUUGCUGUGAGAUGUUACCCCACUCUUCCACCAAGGCACCUGCAAGUUCCCGGACAUUUCUGGGGGGAAUGGCCCUAGCCCUCAACCUCUGAACCAACAGGUCCCAGACGUGCUCAAUGGGAUUGAGAUCCGGGCUCUUUGUUAGCCAAGGCAGAACAAUGACAUUCCUGUCUUGCAGGAAAUCACGCACAGAACAAGCAGUAUGGCUGGUGGCGUUGUCAUGCUGGAGGGUCAUGUCAAGAUUGAAACGUCCCUUUUUCACUGUUGCUCCAAGCAGAGGAAACUGCAGUUCUGAAAUUCAAAAAGCAUGAAGACUUCUGCCCGAAGCCCAUACACGCAGCAGCGUACAUGUUGGACCCCAAGUAUGCUGGCAGUAGCACCCUGUCUGGUGCAGAGAUCAACAAGGCCUAUGGUGUCAUCACUCCCGUGUCUCGCCACCUGGCAGUCGUGCCAACAUAUCUCAUCAGCCACCUGGUGGAAGGGACUUCUUUUUCCCUCAGUCUGAUGUUCAAGAGGUGGCCAAUGAGAUGGUCCAGGGAGAAGCCAUGGAAGCAUGAGAGGAUGACUACCAAAGCUUUAGUUCUUAGACUAUCAUUUUACAGAUGUAUGUUGAAAACUUUUUUGGGAGAUGUGGUGGAUCAUUGGUGAUCAUUCAAUAUUCCCGUUCUUUUGUUGUUCACUGAAAUCAUCCAAUGUGAAAAGUCAACUCAUUUAAUUAAAGUUCAAUUUGUAACUAAAUUAUUAUUUUUUUGUAUUUUUUUUUCUAUUGGAAGGAUUUAAUCAUUUGAAAUUGUCUACUUAUGAUAAGGUAAAAUGUGUGUUUGUCUCCAUAUGACAUGGUAAAUAUAUCCAAUGCAAAAAAAAUCAACAUUUUAUAUGGUAUUAAUUUCAAAUAUUCCCACGGAAAUGUUCAACCUCUGAAUAUUCCCCAAAAUGUGCAACCCUACUUGAGACAGGGGAAAUCAGGGGACACUGUGGCCCUGUUCAACGAUACCCCCAAACAGGGCCAACCAGGCAGGAUAUAACCCCAUCCACUUUUCCAAAGCACAGCCCCCACACCACCAGAGGGAUAUCAACAAACCACCAACUUACUACCCUGAGACAAGGCAGAGUAUAGCCCACGAGGAUCUCCCCCCACCACACAAGCCUGAGAAGAUUAAAACCAGACAGAAAAAUCACGUCAAGUCGAGUAUAGAGAAAAGCCUGGCACAACGUGAUGCACCCCUCCUAGGGACGGCAUGGGAGAGCACUGGCAAGCCAGUGACUCCAACCCCCGUAAUAGGGUCCGAGAAUGAGAGGGGGGAGCUGGCCUGGCAGAGACAGCAAGGGUGGUUCGUCACUACAGUGCCUUGCCGUUCACAUUCGCACCCUUGGGCCAGACUACAAUUAUAGGACCUACUGAAGAGAUGAGUCUUUAGUAAAGAUUGAGACCGAGUCUGAGUCUCGCAUGGAUCGGCAGACCGUUCCAUAAAAAUUGAGCUCUAUAGGCGAAAGCCCUGCCUCCAGCUGUUUGCUUAUACAUUUGGCUGUUUAAGCAAUCUCCAUAGGCAAACAUUGGCAGUAGACUGACCUUACUGAAGAGCUCAGUGACUUUCAACGUGGCACCGUCAUAGGAUGCCACCUUUCCAACAAGCCAACUGGUCAAAUUUCUUCCCUGCUAGAGCUGGCCCGGUCUACUGUAAUUGCUGUUAUUGUGAAGUGGAAAUGUCUUGGAGCAACAGCGGCUCAGCCGUGAAGUGGUAGGCCUCACAGAACGGGACUGCAGAGUGCUGAAAGCAUGUAAAACAAUCGUCUGUCCUUGGUUGCAACACUCACUACCGAGUUCCAAACUGCCUCUGCAAGCAACAUUGGCACAAUAACUUCGUCAGAGCUUCAUGAGAUGGGUUUCCAUUGCCGAGCAGCCGCACAAGCCUAAGAUCACCAUGCGCAAUGCCAAGUGUCGGCUGGAGUGGUGUAAAGCUUGCCGCUAAUGGACUCUGGAGCAGUGGAAACACGUUCUCUGUAAUGAUGAAUCAUGCUUCACUGUCUGGCAGUCCGACAGAUGCAUCUGGGUUUGACGGAUGCCUGGAGAGCUCUACCUGACCGACUGCGUAGUGCCCACUGUAAAGUUUGGUGGAGCAGGAAUAAUGACCUGGGGUGAUUUUCCAUGGUUCGAGGUUGGCCCCUUAGUUCCAGUGAAGGGAAAUCUUAACAGCAUACAAUGACAUAAAAGCAUAUAAUUGCAUUCUAGAUGAUUCUGUGGUUCCAACUUUGUGGCGAUUGUUUGAAGGUCCUUUACUGUUUCAGCAUGAUAAUACCCCUGUGCACAAAGUGAGGUCCAUACAGAAUUUGAGGGGAAAUCGUUAUGGAAGAACUUGACUGGGAUAAAUUGGAAUGACGAGCAGAAUUUCUAUGAUCUAUGUCAUCAUAGAAAGUAAUCAACAUUCUAAUCAUGCCUCAACAUUCUAUUGCCAUGAUCUCAACCUCGCUCUAGUCCUUUAUGCCUAACAAAAAUGUCCACCUAUUAGAACCUCCUCUGAAAAAGAUCCUGGCCGCAAGGUUUUGUGACGCUUACAUGAAUUGACCAAGUGGAUGACCUCUUGAUUCAUAUGUACAUUGGGAGCUAAAAAACUGAAUUGCAGUAGCACAUACAAUAACAUCUAAAAGUCAAAGAUAUGGAACAGGAAUGGCCAUGUGCGAUGACGGUUGCAUCACUGCUCUGUUAUGCUAACCAACCUGUGAGUGAGACAACCAGUAUCCCCUACCCAUAAACCAUCACAAAGCUUACAUAAAGUAAUAAUACUGUGU